CAACCGUUUAUUGACUCUCUUAUUUAUGAUGGCCCGGGUGUAGCACUUAGCUGAGAUUCAUUUUCGAGUUGUCAAUUAUUGAAACGGUUGUUGCGUCGAGGCUACCUAUCGGACAAGUGCUGCUCGGCCGAAUAAAAUGUCUUGGAUUAUAUGCACCAAGGUCAUGUUAUUUUUGCUAUAUAUGCACGUUAAAGUUAAAUUGACCUCUGCACAGAGCAACCCUGUCUUUAAUCUUCCAACCUCUGUAAACAUCAGUGAAAACAGCCUUCCAGGGAGCCUUGUAUUUGGCUUUGUAGUUGAGACCAAUGAUUCCAACCCCCAAGUCUGGAUUCAAAGGGUCAAUCCUCCCACUACCGUCUUUGCGAGUCCAAUCCUGAGACCAGGGAGCACAGUGGAUACAUAUCAAGUUGAGAUCCGACUUAGCAGCAAUGCCUCCCUGGACUUUGAAAUGACCGCGGUGUACUUUCUCACCAUUCUCGUGGAAGCUAAUAACCAGUCUGUGGAGCAGACCAUCGUCGUGCAAGUCUUGAAUGUCAAUGAACCCCCAAAUUGUGACUCCGUGUUUGAGAAUCCAGGGGCCACUGUGUCUGUGCCAGAGGAUCUCCCCGUUCCUGUACAGAUUUAUUUUAUUCGGGCAUCUGACCCUGACCGUGGUGACGCACUGAAGUACACGAUUACUGAAGUUCAGCCUCCAAGUGCAAAUACGCGCUUUACCAUUAUCGAUAAAACACUUACUUGUACUCAAGGAUUUGACUAUCAGAAUGGACAGAAGAGUUUCAUCGUUGCCAUCACUGUGAGUGACCAACAUGGCGCUAGCUGCAAUGGCUCAGUAAGCAUCCUAGUCUUGCCGGUGUUGGACAGACCUCUGAAUUUCACGAACCCUAAUCAGUCAGUCUCUAUUACUGAAGAAGGAGGCCCUAAUGUCUUUGUGGCAGUGGUUACCGCAGUGGGUUCAAAUGUCCUUUAUGAAUUUGUGGAUAACCCAAGGGCAUAUCAGAUUGACAGAGCUACUGGGAUCAUCCGAACUUCAUAUAACCUCGAUCUGGAUGUAGACGACAGUCUGAAGCUGACAAUACUGAAGAUCAGAGCAUUCAUCCCCACUGCCCACCGCAGCGGCACCACAGUAGUCUAUGUUUCGGUCCUGGAUGUCAAUGACAUUCCCCCAGUCUGUGCGCCUCCUAAUGUGAUGCUUCAGAUUCCAGAGACAACCCCCAUAAAUACAGACCUGGUUACGUUCCAGUGCAAAGAUGCGGACAUCUCUAACACUACGGUGACCUUCAAGCUCCAGCCCAAUGCAAAUUCACUCUUCUCAUUCCGUCUUGCAGGAGGGCAGCUAAUAGUGAACAACACCUUGGACUACGACAACGCUCAGAUUGCAGCCAACAACUUCCAGUACACCACCACCAUCAUAGCCUCUGACAACGGAAUUCCUCCCCUCACGACUGAAAUCCAAGUGAUUGUGGUGGUAACACCUGUGAAUGAAGGUGACCCUCAGUUUCUGCCUCCAUUCUUCUUCAACGUGCGAGAGGACACUGUGCCAGGUGCUGGGGUUGGCAUUGUGAAGGCUACUGAUCCAGACUGGGAGUUCAAUGCCAUCAGCUUCUCCAUUACCUCUGGCAAUGAAUUCUUUAUUGAUCCUAUGACUGGGGAGCUCUAUUUGAGAACAAAGCUGGAUUAUGAAACCCAACGCACUAUCCUGCUAAAUGUACAAGCUGUGGAUCUCAAUCAAGAUAUUGAGCCAGACCCAGCCAAGCAGAGAACAUCAAACCAAGUGAUCACAAUUAACGUUACGAAUGUGAAUGAUAACCCACCAGUUUGUGAUCCUGCUAUGUAUGAGUUUACAAUUUACUCGACCCUCAAGAGCAACAUGCUUAUCGUAUCCUUCUCCUGCACAGAUGCAGAUGGCAACGGACUGACGGCCACAAUCGUCACUGGCAGUGCCACUGAUCGAUUUUCUAUCCUGGGUAUGACGCUGUAUUCCAAAAACACAUUCUCCUAUAACCCAGAUGGCGUGUUUGACCCCACAACAUUUGAGAUUCUAGUUCAAGUUUCUGAUGGUAAAUAUUCUACAAAAGUGGUGGUGAUUGUCCAUGUGGUUCCAUGGGUGACUACAGCACCAACGACCACAACACCCAAACCGACCAAAUCGAGCCAAGUGGUCACUCUGCUUGAAACGUACUGGGAUCCGGAGGUUUGGUAUGUCGUAGUCCUGACUGUGACUGGGGCCCUCGUCCUCAUUGGCUUAGGGCUGCUGAUACUGAAGAUUCUGCAGUGGUGUUCAGUUUGUAGGCCUCCUGUUCAAGAAAUGACCCAGUUGCUGAUACAAAAGACGUCUGUGGAUUUUCGAGACAAUGCUCAGAAGCCAGCAGCAGAUGUACAGGAAGUGCCAGCAACACCAUCGGAUUUUGAUGGAAAAGCAAGAGAUCCAGUUACAGGGAAAUACUACCUGUUCAACUCCCAGACCGGGCAGAGACGAUGGAAUUGAGUACAGUGGGCUUACAAUUGACUUGCUCUGUCAAUUGUAAGAACCUGAGUGAGGUACUUGUGCUGGAAGUAAAUACUUUUUGUCUGCAACUUGAUUCUGUGAGCCUUCAGGCUCCCGAGGUGUCAUUUGAUAGUAAAAUGUAAACUGAAGCUACAACUGAGGCAUGUGGCAGUUCUACACAAAUAAGCCUUUGAAUUUUUGUUCUUUUGUAAGUGUAACAUUGAGUUAACUGAAGACUGGUGUCUAGCACUUUUUCAAUUUGAACGUUUAGAAACCAAUUAGUACUUAUUAAUUGGAAUAAUGGUUGCAGUCUAAAUAUGUUGAAUUGUAAGCAUUAAUAAACAGCUACUUUAAAAUAA